AUGCUCGACAUAGCUUGCUUGAAAUCUCUUAGGGCUCUCCGCUGUUGGGUGAGCUAUGCCAUGAACCUCGCCUUUCCCAUCGCUUCUCCAGUCUCUACUCCCCUCCCAUACUCUCAAAUAACGGAGAUCGAAACUUCCCAUCCUCUGAUCUGGUCCUUAAACAUUGUUUUGACAACCUGGCGAGACACGUUCCGAGGUCUCUUACCUGCCCAAGGUCGAAUUUCGCCCCUUCGAAUCCCAGACAGUCCCCUCAGAAUGCCUAGAAGCGGCACGGUAGCUUCCAAGUGCCAACGAAACACACUUUUCCCCUCUCCUCCGCAAGCCAAUUGCAAGACACGACAACAACGAGCCUCCACCUGCCACGAAAAUGCACCUCCAUCUAACAAGCCUCGAAGAACCAUCGCGGAGGAAUCCACGUCUAGGCCACAAGCCUUGAAGCGAAAAGUUUCCAUUUCGAGCAGCAUACAGCACAUCGAAGACAACGCGUCGGAGCCUUGGAAACCUUCCGCUUUCCGCAGCAACAUCGAUCGACAACAAAAUAUGAAGAUAUAA